AUGGCCACCAACGCUGCUGGCGUGCAGCAUAUUCGCCUGCGCAAACCAGAACCCCCAAAAGCUUCAAAUGUGACAAAAAGACACACUGGCUUGCUCCAGGACAAGAUAAGACGGUCCGCUCGUGCGCCAUGGGCACCAUCGUUCUCCAUGGCAGUGCGCAUUCUUCUCCUCGUACGCUUCUCAGCGGCGAUGUACUCAAAUAUAUCAGAUUGCGAUGAAGUCUUCAAUUUUUGGGAACCACUUCAUUUCCUGGACCGCGGGCACGGAUUCCAGACGUGGGAGGUUUCCCCCGAGUUCUCCAUCCGAAGCUGGGCAUACGUCCUCCUGCACUUGCUUCCUACUCGGUUGAUUUCAGUGCUUGUUGGCCCGGAGAAGCGGCCGGCUUUCUUUGCUGUUAGGAUCUCCCUAGCUGUCAUGUCAGUUUUAGCAGAGUCCAAAUUCUACAGAACAGCAUACGAGAAGAUCAACGAGCACGUCGGCCGGUACCUCUUCUUUAUGCUUCUCACUAGUGCCGGCAUGUGGAAUUCAUCAGCUGCGUUCUUACCUUCGUCGUUCACGAUGUGUACCACAAUGAUGGCCUUUUCCUACGCGUUGGAUCCCCCAAGUAACGCCAAGGCUAAGCGCACUCUCCUUGCCACCGUAUGUUUCACUAUCGGUGCUGUUGUUGGCUGGCCAUUUGCGUUAGCACUUGCUAUCCCCUUCGUGUUCGAAGAGAUAUUUGUGUUUGGCGGCGAUCGUGUCCCUCCUGCUAUUCGUACUACUUGGAGCCUAGGUCGAUUAAGACGCUUCGUCGGAGCGGUGAUAACGGCUGCUAUGAUCUUCAUUCCUGUUAUUGGCAUCGAUUCUCUCGCCUAUGGCCAUCACACGGUAGUCCCUUGGAAUAUCAUCCGGUACAACAUAUUUGGCGGCUCUGAACGUGGACCUGAAUUAUAUGGCACAUCUCCCUGGUAUUUCUACCUCCUCAAUCUGUUCUUGAACUUCAACAUCCUAGUUCCUUUGGCCCUCAUCUCGCUGCCGGCCCUCGCGAUCACAUACCGCUACGAUCAUCUUCGCCUUGGUGCCUACAAGGCGUCCCCAGACCAGAGUUCUCCAUUCACGCUGCUUACUAUGCGCUUGCUCCCGUUCUAUAUAUGGUUUGGUAUAUUAUCUCUACAAGCCCACAAGGAGGAGCGCUUUAUGUUCCCAGCUUACCCAUUGCUCUGUCUCAACGCCGCUGUAGCCCUAUAUCUCAUCCGCGGUUGGCAGGAGGCUAUCUUCAUUAGCAUCACCAAAUCGCCAUACAAGGCCGCUCAAUCCUCCAUGUUCCGUACCUUCACGUUGUCCGUGAUCGUUACGGCUUCGGUGAUAUCUAUCUCUCGCAUACUUGCCUUAUGGACGUACUACCACUCCCCGAUGACCAUCUCGUUCCUCUUCGAAACGGAAGAACUCCCCAGGCUCCUGAACGUCACUGGCUUUCUUCCACCCAUCCCACCCAAUACCCACGCAGAUGAAAUGCCCCGCAUCGACCUUAGCCCGAUCAAGGGUUUUAAUCUGACUCUUUGUUACGGAAAGGAAUGGUACCGCUUCCCUGGUCACUACCUCGUUCCGGAUGGCGUCCGAGUAGACUUCAUCAAAAGCGAGUUCGAUGGCAUGCUCCCUGGGCACUUUGGAGAAGGCGAGCUCAAGCAUGUCAACGGACCGUCGCAAUAUCCUUUGGCACCCUUUUUGUUGAGGCCAGAAAUGCGAUUGGUACCCGCUGCCCUCAAUGAUUUGAACCGCGAGGCUCCUUCCUACUACGUUCCGGUCGAGACAUGCGACUACAUCGUGGAUCUCGACUUCCCAAAACACCCCGUUUCCUCUGCCAAUGAACCUAGGUAUGCGGUGAACACUGAUACCUACGACCGUGUGGCCUGCAUCCCAUUCUUGGACGCUAGACAUUCAAGUCUUCUGACCAGAACCCUCUGGAUGCCUGGAGAGAAGUGGCAAAGCAUGAACGAGUUUGGAGACUAUUGCCUAUUGAGGAAUAGGGAGAGAGUCCGACAAAAGGAAGAAGUUGUUCUUCGCAAUAAACUGUAG